AUGGGAGGAACUGCAAAAAGAGGCCGAAAGAGCUCAUCGACAUCAACAACAUCUGUGGAGAAAUCAUCUAUCGAUAAACAAAAGGAACCAGUGUUCGGUGAGAAAGAAUUAGUCGAAACCCUAAUGCAUAUAUGGGAUUUGUCUAAUAGCUAUUCUAUUGUUUCAGCAAACUCAGAGAAAGACAGAAGCACAAAGUUUUCAGUUACUAAGAAGCGAAAAUUGCAAGAUACCGUCUAUACAGAAGAUGGGUUGAAGAAACCAAGAACUGACAAGGAAACUGUGGAGGAUUACAGGGGUGAAAUCUUAUUAGGUUCUGUUUCUGGUACAUUCAGUUAUGGAUUUUGUGGAAAACCCUUCAAUAAUUAUCAAGCUUUGGGUGGUCAUAAAUCAAGCUGCAAGAGCAAAUCCUUGAAAAGCCAAGUAGUCAAACCUGCAGUGCAAGAUUCAAACGCAACUUCAAAGAUCCAUCCAUGCAAAAUUUGCGGUAAGGUGUUUCUGAGUGGUUGCGCUCUAGGGGGGCAUCAAAAGAGUCAUAAGACAGAAAAAGUUGAACCUAGUAGGUCAUCAGUCUCACCACCACCAAAGGAAAUCAAGGAGUCUAAUUUACAUCUAAUUCAGUCAUCUACAACAUCAGUUCAAGAAGAGCAAGCGAACGUACUGAAUAAGAAGAUUAUGAUGUUCGACCUCAAAGAAAAGCCACCGUAG